AUGGACGCAGCAGAGGAGGUGAAGCAGAUUGCUCUGAGUGCUCAGGGACAUUUAUUAGGAGAACAUCAGCAGAUGCUUGCCAACUUAAACGCCAGGAUGGCUCAGCUCACUGCUGUUCUUGAUGAGCUGCAACGAAUAGUUGCGAAGGACAACGUGCACUACGUGAAAGAGCUGAGGGAGCGUUGGGCAGACUUCAGAACCAAACUCACCUUUUAUGACGUCUACAAGAAGACACUGAAGCCCCCGCUGGGACUUCCUGCUGAUGAGCAAGCCAUUGAUCUAAUCAUCUCACUGCUAGCUAUGUUCCCUUCCGGUUAUCCCGCACCAAAGAAGAUGGCAUCUCCAUCAGAGGCACUCAUUCAUGUUCUACCGCCCACAGAGGACCCAGGCGUAUACCUAAGAAGAUGGCCACUCGCCACACCGUUUGUCCUAGUGGGAGAGGGAGACUGCUUUCUCUGCGCUGGAAAUGCUCCUGUCGCAUCAUUCCCUAGGAGCGGUCUUGGGGAAUCCAUCCUAUACAUCAUGGCAUACUACUACGCUUUUCAUAUGACGUACCCGAAAUGUGUGGCAUCUGUUCUUUCGAUCCGUCAGACCAAGGUCUUGGGUGAUAAGAUUCAUGAGAAAGACCAAACCACGGCCUUUAAACGUGCCAAAGCUGACUGCAUGGCAAAGGGAGAAUAUUGCCAUAUCCUGGAAAACCCAGCAGAUUCUCUGCUGUCGAAAGACGGAGAUGUGAUCAUUGGAGCUAUCUUUACAAUACAUGGGGGUACACAGGUGCAGUCACUGUCAUAUACUGAAAAGCCUCAACCUUUAAUCUGCAUUAGAUUUAACCUCAGAGGAUUACGCAUUGCUCAGACUAUGACUUUUGCAAUUGAUGAAAUCAACAGAACCAACUGGUUGCUCCCAAAUAUCUCACUUGGUUAUAGGAUUUAUAACAACUGUGGCUCAAGAUUGUUGAGCAUGCAGGCAGCCAUGGCUUUGAUGAAUGGUCAGGAAAUAAAAGCAGAUUAUUCCUGUUCUGGACAAGCAGUAGUACAAGCCAUCAUUGGGGAGUCAGAGUCUACUCCUACUGUAGCACUGACAAAAACUACAGGUCCUUUCGAAAUCCCAGUGAUAAGUUAUGCUGCCACAUGUGAAUGCCUGAGCAACAGAAAAGAGUAUCCUUCUUUCUUUAGGACAAUAGCGAGUGACUACUACCAGAGUAGAGCAUUGGCAUAUUUGGUCAAGCACUUUGGCUGGUCUUGGGUGGGAACUGUGAACAGUGAUAAUGAUUAUGGCAACAAUGGAAUUGCCAUUUUUCUGAAUGCAGCCAAAGAGGAGGGGAUAUGUGUUGAGUACUCUGAGAAGUUUAAGCGGUCAGAUACUGCUAAAAUCAUGAAAGUAGCUGAUAUUAUAAAGAAAGGCACAGCCAAAGUUAUAAUUGUUUUUCUCGCUUAUUUUGAUAUGAACAUUCUAAUAGAUCAGCUUAUUCUAAAGAAUGUCACUGGCUACCAGAUGAUUGGUGUUGAAGCAUGGAUUACUGCUGUCCAUCUUGUAACUCCAGCAACUUACAACAUAUUAGCUGGAUCCAUUGGUUUUGAUGUGGGAAAACUGAACAUUGGUAGUUUUGCUGACUAUGUUGUCAAUGAAUUUUGGCAAACAGUUUUCCCUUGCUUGAAUACAGAGGGAAACAUUGCUCAAAAUGAAAUCAACUGCAACAAAUAUAAAGAUAUGAUUCUGUUUAAAAACUAUAAUAAAGAUAUAUCAGAAUUGAGAUAUGCAAAAAAUGCAUACAAUGCAGUUUAUGCUGUGGCACAUUCUCUGCACAGCUUGUUGCGAUGCACAGAAAAGAGUUGUGAGAAAGACAAAACAAUACAAUCUUGGGAGGUUAUUGAGGCAUUAAAACAGGUAAAUUUUACUACCAAAUUAGGAGAACAGGUGUGGUUUGACAGCACUGGGGCAAUGGCUGCAAAAUAUGAUGUGGUGAACUGGCAACGAGGAUUCAGUGGAGAAGUGCAGUUUAAGACAGUGGGUUAUUAUGAUGCCUCAUUGCCAAGUGGACAGCAGUUUGUCCUAAACACUGAAGAUAUAUUCUGGGCUGGAGAGAAAAGGGAGAAACCAAGGUCUGUGUGCAGUGAGAGCUGUCCUCCAGGAACCAGGAAAGCUACACAGAAAGGACGGCCUAUCUGCUGCUACGACUGUAUUCCAUGUGCAGAGGGAGAGAUCAGUAACCAGACAGAUUCAAAUAACUGUGAGCCGUGUCCAGGAGAAUAUUGGUCUAAUGCUGAUAGAGAUAAAUGCGUGUUAAAAGUGAUAGAGUUUCUUUCAUUUACAGAGGCUAUGGGGAUAAUACUGGCAUUUUUUUCUUUGUUUGGAGCUGCAUUAACAGUGUUAGUAGCUAUUUUAUUUCGAAUAGAAAAGGACACUCCUAUUGUUAAGGCCAACAAUUCUGAACUGAGUUUUCUGCUGCUGUUCUCUCUGACUCUGUGUUUCCUCUGUUCACUUACUUUCAUUGGACGGCCCUCUGAGUGGUCCUGUAUGCUGCGCCACACAGCAUUUGGGAUCACCUUUGUCCUCUGUAUCUCCUGUAUUCUGGGUAAAACAGUCGUUGUGUUAAUGGCUUUCAGGGCUACAUUUCCAGACAGUAAGGUCAUGAAAUGGUUUGGACCUCUACAGCAGAGACUCAGUGUACUUGUUUUCACUUUCAUACAGGUCCUUAUUUGUGUUCUUUGGUUAACAGUUUCUCCUCCUUUCCCCUACAUGAACAUGAAUUACUACAAGGAAAAGAUAAUAUUAGAAUGUAACUUGGGCUCAGCUGUAGGUUUCUGGGCGGUCUUAGGUUAUAUAGGACUUCUUUCUUUCUUGUGCUUUGUUUUGGCUUUUCUUGCUAGAAAGCUGCCAGAUAAUUUUAACGAAGCUAAAUUCAUCACAUUUAGCAUACUCAUAUUUUGUGCAGUGUGGAUUACCUUUAUUCCAGCUUAUGUCAGCUCUCCUGGAAAAUUUACUGUCGCUGUGGAGAUAUUUGCUAUUUUGGCCUCCAGUUUUGCUUUACUCUUCUGUAUAUUUACACCCAAAUGUUAUAUUAUUCUGUUUAAGCCUGAACUAAACACAAAGAAAAAUAUGAUGGGUAAAAUGACAUCUAAGUCGCUUUAG